AUGACUUCCGAGGCGCUGCCUUCGAAUGACUGGGACGCCAUCUCUCUCACGUCAACUAUCUCAAGUGAGCAGUGCUCCACAUAUGAGGUAGAGACGAUUCUAGCGCAGAGAGACUUGGAAGAUGGCCCGCAGUUCCUCGUGAAAUGGGCCAACUACGGCAGUGAAGCCAACAGCUGGGAGCCCGAGGACGCCUUCGAUUCACAGGAGACUCUGCUGGAAUGGGAGCGAAAGAAAAGAGACAUUGACCAGGGGAGAGUGCCGCCAUUUGAUGUCGAGGCCUGGGAAAUCCAUGUGCAACUCCUAGCAGAGGCUGGCCCAAGUGAAUCGGCAUCAGGUAUCGGAAACAAACGCAACUUCUCCGCAACCUGUUCGCCGCUCUUUGUUACUCCUGAGCCUUCGAGGUCUCCAGUGCCCGUCACCCAGGUCGCCCAGGAGACUGUCUCUUCAACUGUCUCCAGCUCUUCAUCGGAUAAACCUCUCGUGGAAGAAAGGGCAAGCCGCGUAUCCAAUGUCCGCCCUGCAGCGCAGCUACCCACUCCCAAGCCACCAACGGCGCCACCUGAGAAGCCCCCGCUGGCGGGUUUCGGUAUAGGCAAUAUGCGUAACAAGCGAGUGAAACCCAAUAGCUGGGACGAACCGAUGCCAGAUGUCACGCAGCUGGAGCUGAGGAAGCCAUCAGAGUUUCCAGCAAGGACUGGUCACAAAGGCAGUUCCUCCCUUCAAAUCGGGUCUUCUGGUAGAGCGCCAACCGCCUCCAACACACGUAAUGGAACGCAAGUGACUGCAGCCCCUCCAGUGCAACCGCAACCUACCCCCGAGGGUGCUCGAGCGAUCAACACAUCUACAACUACUCUUUCAUCUCCGACGACCGUCUUUUCACCUGGUAGGAGGCAUUCACGUCCGGAUUUAGAUAUCUCCCCAAAGCCCGUCGAGCCGCGGAACCGCGCAAGACCCUCUCGCCGGCUGAUCGACAGAAUCGGCCCCUCCAGACAGCGUGAGGCGCGGGAUAUUCAUGAUAGCUACAGACCAGGAGGUCUCUUUCGCGAUUUACCUCCUCUCCUCGACUCAUAUAGGCCUCAACGUGAUGAUGGCUUUCGCCAAUCUCGAUCCCCGUCUCCCAGACUGGAGAGGUACGACCCAAGGUUUCCAAAACCGUUGUCUGCCAACGGUCAAGCCCCUUCGGUUGAGGAGCAAAUCCAACAGAUGCCUGUUCCGUCAGCACGCCGUGGCGCAAACUUUUUUCAACAACGUGGCGAAAAUUACUUCCGUAACCCUGGCGAAGUCCUUGCGCAAGUGUAUUGGGGGCCUGACAAGAAGUACGUCGGGCCUGUUAGGCUGUGUGGUGCUUCCGCAUACGAAGAUGUCACUGGCCAGCUUAUGAAGAACAACCGAGGUCUUCGACUUGAGGUUUGGUUCAGCGGCUGGAAGGGCCCAAGGCAAAAGGAGUGCAACGUUUGGGCAGAAGGGUUCCCUAACACGAACCGAGCGCUCGUCGAAAUGGCAGAGUAUCUCCGUGAAAGAAGCCGGGUAGCGAUCUACUACCCGCCAACCAAUGAAGGUUACGUGUGGGUUGCUUAUUCUCGCUGGUCCCACGCCUUUGAUAUUCUCACUCAUCCGAUGAUCAAGGACGUGUCAAAAGGCGCACCCUUGGUGUUCGCGGUGCAGAGGCAACUGGCGCCUAUGGAGAGACCGUUGACUCGCCAUAGAGAGCAGCAACUACCAUCGUUUCCCCGUCCAAAUCAGCCUCUCUGGGACCGUGUAAGCACUCGCACCACUCACGGUGACUCCCAUAGUCCAGGCCAGCCAGGUUCUGAGGAAGAGUUGAGAAUACGAGGAGCUGCCCAAUGGACCCCAAUUGCAUCAUCGGAGCGAGGUCUUGUCGUGAAAAGCCAAAGUGCCGAGGAGACAUCUUCUCAUCAAAGGCGCAAUGCUGAGAUUGCGGGCCCUGAACCAUCCAAGCGGCCUACACAACCACUCGAUUCUCGCCCUCGUCUCCCAGCAGUUGACUUUUUUGGAGAUCACGGACACCAUGCGGAGGCUCCACCGUCCAAGCCAUCAGAGCAUGUCCAGCCCGUUUCUGAUCUUCAACCCCAGCCUGAGGACUCCACGAUGGGCGAGAAGUCCGCUCAAUCAUCGGCAAACGAGCCAGAUUCCCUGAACAAGAACCAGAACCCGACAGCCGAGUUAUCUGGCAUCCCACUCCUAUCAGUCGAUACUCGUACCCGUGCCCAGACGCCCCCAGCCAACAUGUCGCUCUCUGAGAUUUUCAAGGCCGAAUACAAUAUCACGAUGAAAGACCUGGCAACUGUUCAGGAUAGCCAGAGAGUAGCCAAAUUUUUCUACCUGUGGUUUCCUAUACAUGAGGACGACUCGGAGUAUGUCAGAAUGGCAGCGUUUUUGGAGGAAAAUGGUGUGACGAUCCUAUCGAAUCGCAACGCUGGUGAUUGGAGCAAGUUUGUACACAACAUCAAGGGCGGCAGUGUCGCUGUGUUUCACGAAUCAUUUUCGGAUUAUAGUUCUCUUAAGCCUUCUAUCCGCUAUGCGUUGCGAAACACUUCACUGAAUUUCUGGAGUGCGUGUCUUAAAAGACCUCUAGAGCACCCUGACGGGCGCUACCCGACGGCCGGUGAACAUUUCCAACGUCUAUUCCCUUAUGGUGCUGCGAUCUUAGUCACUCCGGAUGUCCUUCUCGCAGAUGUGAAGGGAACCGCGGUGCUUCUGAAGUGGUUUUGGUACUCUCAAAUUCAAAAGCCUGGAAUCUCCAAGCUUCUGUUUCCACCUAACAUCCUAGAGUGGAUCAAGACAAUUCUCACCAAAGAGGACAGGGACCAGACCGGGGAUAUUCUCUGGUUAACGAUCCUUGCUUGGAUCAAGAAGAAUAAUUCCGUCGACCGCGAUCUGCCACGGUUCUGGCCUACCAGUUUGGACACUCGGUACCUCGACAGGCCUAACAACAAUGUCCUUUCGUUCCCCACGUAUGCAUACGGCACGCAGUUCAAAGACGCACAACCGUCCGCUCCUGCGGAUGAGCAAUGCGUCAACAACCUGAUGGAAACAUAUGCGGGUUGGUGCCUGGUCCACGCAGCGCGCUUUCGGCGCUUUAUUAUCAUCACUUCGGCACCACAGCAGACGCGAACCGAUAGCUGGGGACAUGUCGAAUUUUUCAACCUGAAGGCGUUCUACGACACGUUCAAGGUCGAUUACCAGCGUCUCUAUCAGGAGAUUAAGGGAGAGGUUAAGCAGGCCUCUGCUCCUUCUACCUCCGUCACACCCAACCAAGGCCCAUUGGAGACCACUCCGAAGGAUAUCUAA